AUGGCGGUGGGUAGGCAGCGCAAUGGCCACACGGGCACUGCUUCGUCCAGUGCCAAGCCACCAAGCAGGCCAGAGGUCAUCAGACUGGGCGUGCUACCCUCGACGACGAUCGACCAACUCGUCCGUCAAGCAAGACAGCAUGCCGCAUUGUCAUUGACUUGGUCGUCAGAUUCGCCGGAGGAGUGGGUGCUUGGCGGAAGCACGGGCAAGUCAUGGACAUUUGAAGCGGGCAAGCAAGGCGACAGGAGUUUGUACCGACUCGACUCCUCUACCAGCGAACUCAUUCGGCUAGAUCAGCUCGUCCUCACUCCGGCUUCCGAAGCUGCUCCCAGCAAGCGUGCAAGCACGAACGAUCUGACCGAGGAGCAGAGCGAACGACUGAGAGCCAAGACACUCGCUAGCGAACGGGACAAGUUGGCAAGACAGACUGUACUCCUCCCUCAAGCGCCCCUGCUUGUCAACGGAAAGAAGAGAUCGACGUCUCUUACUCGAUCGCUCGGCUCUGGAAAGAGAAAGUCGAGAGGAACGAGUUCGCUGCCUUCUUCUCCUCUGCUCAGAGGCAGGCAGAGCGUCAUACCUAAAUCUCCACUCUCUGGAGCUGUCCGUACCCCGAGCAAGCAAGAGUACACGCCCUCCAAGUCGACGAGCACGAUAGGCUUGGGGAUACCGCAACUCGAUCUGACUUCACCUCUGACUGCUCAGUCCAUCAGAGCGCACGACAAGGAGAGGACAGAUCGUCGUCACAGUGUCAAGAGAGCACUCAAGACCGCCUCGUCCAGUUCAUCACGGUCUCAUUCGCCCCUGCCAACGCCGAGACGAUCGAAUAAGUUGGAAAGGACGAGUAGCGCAGAGUCCGAGGAGGACGAGAUGGCCAAGACUACAGCUAGAUUGCAGCCUACGCCUCCACAAGCUCUGCCUGCUCUGCUGACGAGAGCGACCACACCUGCUGCAGAACCGCCGACGCGUCCCAUGACGACUUCGCGGACUGCAGGCGGCGCGAGAAUCGCACGUCCCUUUACUGCCAAGCGAAAGAAGGACACUGCUCAGCCUGAUGACCAGAGCUCGCCUGAAGAGCCGGGAGAUCGAUCCACGCGCAGAAAAGUCGAAGCUCUGGCGAGCCUGUCUUCAGACAACACGAAAGCCUCGCCUCAAAUCAGCGUAGCCAGUGAAGAUCAGUACACCAAAUACCAAGCCUAUUUCCAACGUAGCUACAAGAGGUAUACCGCCAUCAGAGCGAGGCUAGAAGCCGAAGCCCAGUCGAUAGAGCAAGGCAAGGGACUCGCGAUGUCUCAAUCCGACUUUGAUUCGGCCAUGCUCGAGUUCAAAGAGCUGCACGCCGAGCUCGAGCCUUUGCGGUCGACCUUGCUGACCUAUCGCACGGAGAACCCGCUGUGA